AUGUUCGUCUUGAGACAGCCUUCUUCUUGGACGAAGCUAUGUCGUUACCGUGUCGGAGUCCGGACAAUCUGGGUUCUUCUGGCAUUCUCAAUCUUUUACGCCCUCGCGCUGUUGUAUUCCCGCUCCAUCAGUUUCCGCGAUUCUUCGUCUGUGUUCUUUGAUCCCAGGCGCGCGUAUGAUCAUGUGUACUCGGCUCAUCGUGCUGAACAGGCGGACGAGUACAUCACCUCCAUCGGUCGCUCGGAGCGACAUGCGCCCAGCCAUCCGGAGCCUCCUUUGCUGUGCCUGGGCAUCGCCACGGUAGCCCGUCGGGGCACUCAGUAUGUGCGGACCACGGUGGGAUCCUUGUUCGCAGGACUCUCUGAGGAAGAGAGAGGUGCCAUCUUCUUUGACCUCCUCAUCGGUCACACUGAUCCAGCCAAACACCCGGUCUUUGCCGAACACUGGCUCGAUGUCGUACCGGACCGGGUACUACAAUAUCCAAACGACACUGCAGAGCUGGCCCAGCUGCGCGCGUGGGAAGAAGGAGGGUGGUACAGGAACAAAUCUAUCCACGACUACAGAUAUCUGUUGAGGGACUGUUAUGAUACUGGGGCUCACUAUAUCGCCAUGGUCGAGGACGAUACCUUGGCUGUUGAAGGUUGGUUCAGGCGCUUGGUCGAUGCUCUCGCCGUCGUCAGGGUCAAGAUGGAUGGCUCCCACCCUGGACGGCGUUGGCUGUAUCUUCGUCUCUUCUACACGGAUGACCUUCUGGGCUGGAACAGCGAACAGUGGCACAUAUAUCUCUUCUGGUCUUUCAGCGUCUGGAGUGCCACCAUGACAGUCCUGUUGACAGCAAGAAGACGAUUCCCGAGACAGCUGGAAUUCUUCACCCACGAAGUGGUCGUCGCCAUUGCCGUCGUCUGCAUCCCGGCUAUGGUCCUCUUGAUCUUCCUCACGGGGAAACAGACCACGCUGCCUCUGCGGCCCGGGGUCCGAAAAAUGAACAAGUACGGAUGCUGCUCGCAAGGCUUCGUCUUCCCCCGGGACAUGGUGCCAGUGGUCCUGGAUAAGUUGCGCAUCGAGACAAAAGGCCUGGUCGACAUGCAGAUGGAGAAGAUCGCGGAUGCUGGAGCCUACAUUCGCUGGGCCGUUGUCCCGCCCCUUGUGCAGCACAUGGGCGCGACCAGUUCCAAAGGUUACGGCUUUGACGACAAUGCUCGGCGAAUAUGGAGCUUCCGCUUCGAAGAAUAUCCCUUUUGA